CUUUCCUUCUCUUUUUCCUUAAAAUGAGUUCUUCUGUAGCAGAUAUUUAUGAUGAUUAUCUUGAAAGCCUACAAAACUUGCCAUCUGAGAUAGAUCAAAACAUGCAUGAGCUGAGGCGUAUGGAUGAUGAUCUCUAUAAGUUUAAAGAAGGCUAUUCAAAAAACAGACGUGCAUACACUAAAAUAUGCCGUAAUUCUCCUGCCAAUACAAGUGCACUAGUUACCACUCGCCUCCAAAUUGAAAAGGACUACAAGACAGCUAUGCAAAAGCAAGACCAGAAAAUUGAAUUGGCGAUGCGCAUGUACGAUCUUGUGUCACGCCAUAUUGAACGUCUUGACUUUCAAGUAGCCAAGAGUGGCAUUCAUGAAUCAGAUUGGAUUCAUCAAAGAACACGAAAGGGUCCUCAUCUUUUGCCAGGCAAUCGAAAAAGGGCCAUGCCAGUGGAUGGGAUGCCUUCUACUCGUAAAAGAAUACAUCAUUCAAAUCGCCCUAAUCCCUCAAGCAUGAGUCAUCAUGAGUUUGAUAUUGACAGUAAUGAACCUACGUAUUGCUACUGUAAACAAGUUUCGUUUGGUGAUAUGAUUGCUUGCGACGGAGAGAAUUGUGAACGUGAAUGGUUUCAUUAUGCUUGUGUAGGUCUAGUUCAACCACCAGCAGGUAAAUGGUUCUGUGAAGAAUGUAAACUAGAGGAAGCAUACAACUCAUUUACAGAUGAAGAUGGUGAUGAUGACUCUUCCUAAAAUACCCUCUGUAUUCCAUCAUGUUAGAGUAGUCAAUAAAACCACAACUGUAGUAGCCUCGCUAGCAAUAAAACCAGAAUAUAUGAGAAACAAGUCAUAUUUCAGAAGUGAACUUUAUUGAAUAGAGAUCAUUGUGAAGCUUUGUAACUUUUUUGUCUCUUUUCAUUGGUAUAAUACCUCUUGAUCACUUUAGCACACCAAAACCACUCAAAAUCAAAGAGAUAGCGAGCA